AUGGCGGACAACAACAACCGGGGGCAGACCUUGAUCGCCGGCGCGGGCCUCGGCGUGCUCACCGUCAACUCGGGCCUCGCCAUCUACCGCGCCAGGGGCGACGUGGCGUCCGCCCUCUUCGUCGCGGCCUCUUACCUGCUCCUGCUGCUCCUCUUCGCCUGCCUCCGCGCGUACGAGCGCGCGGCGCCAGGGUCCCCCGCCUGGGAGCGGGCCAGGCGCACCGCGUGGCCCGUCACCGCGCUGCUCACCCUGGCCUUUGCGUGGAAGGUGGCCGCGGUCAUGCCGUCGCAUGUCGCGGCCGGCGUCGUCUGGGGUCUGGCCGUCGCCACCACCGCCGGUGGCUUCUUCGCGCUCUUCCUGCAGGCCUGA